CGCGAAAUACCAGCACCUUCCGGGCGUCGCCUUUGGUCCCACGCCCGGAAGUCGUAAAGAUGGCCAUAAAAACUGGAGGCUAGAGGGACCCGGCAUGCCCUCCCUGUCUUCACUUCCGCCGGAAGUGACCUCCGGUCUCCCGUGCCCUUUCCUUUCUGCACGCGCGGGCGCCCUGGACCGGGUACUCCGGGCGCGAGUACGACCACAAUGGCGGCCACGACCCUGCUGCGCGCGACGCCCCUCUUGAGCGGUCUCAGCACCGGCCCGACCCCGCUGUUGCAGGGUCUGUUGCGGCCGCUGAAGGCCCCGGCACUGCCCCGCUUGUGCCGCGGCCUGGCCGUGGAGGCCAAGAAGACCUACGUGCGCGACAAGCCCCAUGUGAACGUGGGCACCAUCGGCCAUGUGGACCACGGCAAGACCACACUGACCGCGGCCAUCACGAAAAUUUUAGCCGAGGGAGGUGGAGCCAAGUUUAAGAAAUAUGAAGAGAUUGAUAAUGCCCCUGAAGAGCGAGCCCGUGGAAUCACAAUCAAUGCAGCUCACGUGGAGUAUAGCACUGCCGCCCGCCACUAUGCCCACACCGACUGCCCGGGUCACGCAGAUUAUGUGAAGAAUAUGAUCACAGGCACCGCCCCCCUCGACGGCUGCAUCCUGGUGGUGGCGGCCAAUGACGGCCCUAUGCCCCAGACCCGAGAGCAUUUAUUGCUGGCCAGACAGAUUGGAGUAGAGCACGUUGUGGUGUAUAUAAACAAAGCAGAUGCCGUCCAGGACUCUGAGAUGGUGGAGCUGGUUGAGCUGGAGAUCCGGGAGCUGCUCACUGAGUUUGGCUACAAAGGGGAGGAGACCCCGGUCAUCGUAGGCUCUGCCCUCUGUGCCCUUGAGCAACGUGACCCUGAGCUAGGCCUGAAGUCUGUGCAGAAGCUGCUGGAUGCUGUGGACACUUACAUCCCAGUGCCCACCCGGGACCUAGAGAAGCCUUUCCUGCUGCCUGUAGAGUCCGUUUACUCUAUUCCUGGCCGGGGCACGGUGGUGACAGGUACACUAGAGCGUGGCAUUCUGAAGAAGGGAGACGAGUGUGAGUUCCUGGGACAUAGCAAGAACAUUCGGACCGUGGUGACAGGCAUUGAGAUGUUCCACAAGAGCCUGGAGAGAGCAGAGGCAGGCGACAACCUUGGGGCCCUGGUCCGAGGCUUGAAGCGGGAGGACCUGAGGCGUGGCUUGGUCAUGGCCAAGCCAGGGACCAUCCAACCCCACCAGAAGGUGGAGGCACAGGUUUACAUCCUCAGCAAGGAGGAGGGUGGCCGCCACAAGCCUUUUGUGUCUCACUUUAUGCCUGUCAUGUUUUCUCUGACUUGGGACAUGGCCUGUCGUGUCAUCUUGCCACCAGGGAAGGAGCUUGCCAUGCCUGGCGAGGACCUGAAGCUCAGCCUAAUCUUGCGGCAGCCCAUGAUCUUAGAAAGAGGCCAGCGUUUCACCCUGCGAGACGGCAACCGGACCAUCGGCACUGGCCUCGUCACGGAGACGUCGGCCCUGACUGAGGAAGACAAGAACAUCAAAUGGAGUUGAGUCUGGACUCUGCUUAGGCUCUCUUGAGUUUGAGGCUGCACUGGCCAGCGUGCUCUCCUGCUUCGAUGCCCCCUUCCCAGGGCAUGGGCUGCUGCCUAGCAGUGCAGCUAGACGGACACUUCUCCUGGUCAGGAGGGGCCCACGCCCUGCCAGGUGAGGUAGGUCAAUAAACUGUUCUGUGAAUAGGGA